GCACUUGUGAUAAAUCUACUCCUCUCUGCUCUCUCAAGUCUCAACGUCAUCUUCUUCAAUUUCGUCUAUUUACUAGAGUUUUCUCUUUUGUCUUUCUUCGUUCUCUGCUCCUCCAUCAAUGGCGAAUAAUCAUCCUCCCAGGGACGAGGCUUAUCUCUCAUCCGUCAUCCCCAAGCGUAUCAGGCUCUUCGAGCAAAUCCAAGCCGAUCACCUCGAGCAGCUUCAAUCUCUCCCACACGAUCCCAUCAAGAUUACUCUUCUCCCAGAUGGUAUCGUGAAAGAAGGGAAGAGAUGGGAGACCACUCCAAUGGACAUCGCAGUGCAGAUUUCUAGGGGUUUGGCAAAAUCUGCCCUCGUUUCUUCGGUUAAUAAUGUCCUGUGGGACAUGAACAGGCCCCUGGAAAGUGAUUGUUCGCUGGAGAUUUUAGGAUUUGACAGCAACCAAGGCCGUGAUACUCUCUGGCAUUCUAGUGCUCACAUUCUCGGCCAAGCUCUGGAGCAGGAAUAUGGAUGUAAGCUUUACAUUGGACCCUGCAAAACCAUAUAUGAGGGUUUUUAUUAUGAUGCAUUUUAUCAUGGCGAUGUAGCCAUAAACGAGAAUCAUUUUCCAAACAUCGAAGCAGGUGUUGCCAAAGCUGUUGAGGAAGGACAGCCAUUUGAAAGGAUUGAAGUGACCAAGGAUCAGGCACUUGAGAUGUUCUCUGAUAAUAACUUUAAGGUUGAAAUCAUCAAUGAAGACUUGGCCGAAGAAGAGACCAUUACAGUCUACAGAUGUGGCCCAUUGGUUGAUUUGUGUCCUGGACCGCAUAUACCAAAUACUUCCUUUGUGAAAGCUUUCAAGUGUUUGAACGCGUUAUCAGUUGACUGGAAAGGUAACAGAGACCGCGAAAGCUUGCGGAGUGUGUAUGGGAUAUCAUUUCCGGAAGAUGAGCAACUUAAGGACUUUCUUAUUUCACGGGAGCAUUUCAUUUGUCACUCACUCAGUCCUGGAAGUUGUUUCUUCCUCCCUCUUGGCACUCGCGUAUACAACAAGUUGAUGGGAUUCAUUAAGACAGAAUAUUGGAAAAGGGGAUACACUGAGGUCAUUUCACCAAAUAUUUACAACAUGAAACUCUGGGAAACAUCAUCAGAACAUGCUGAAAACUACAAGGAAGAUAUGUUCACUUUCGAUAUUGACAAACAAGAAUUCGGGCUCAAACCUGUGAAUUGCCAUGGUCACUGCUUGAUGUUCCAAAACAGAGUUCGCUCAUAUAGAGAAUUGCCCAUUAGACUGGCUGACUUUGGAGCGCUACAUCGAAAUGAGAAACGUGAAGCUCUUAGUGGAUUAACCUGUGUCCGACGGUUCCAACAGGAUGAUGCACACGUGUUCUGUAGAGAGACGCAGGUGGAAGAAGAAGUGAAAGGAAUAUUGGAUUUUGUUGACUAUGUUUACACAAUACUUGGGUUUACUUAUGAGCUGAAGCUUUCAACGCGGCCAAAGAAGUACAUUGGAGAUUUGGAAAAAUGGGACAGAGCUGAAGGAGCACUUGAAAAAGCGCUUAAAGAUUUUGGAAAGCCGUUUUUUGUAAACAAAGGAGACGGUGCAUUUCAUGGCCCAAAGGUCGACAUAACUGUGUCUGAUGCAAUGAAAAGGAAUUUCCAGUGUGCUACUUUACAGCUUGAUUUUCAACUUCCUGAUUGCUUCAAACUGGAAUAUUCAUCCUUAGCUGAGGAUGAAACGAAGAGGGAGAAACCUGUGCUGAUACAUAGAGCGGUGUUGGGCUCUGUUGAGCGAAUGUUUGCCAUAUUGUUGGAACAGAACAAAGGGAAAUGGCCCUUCUGGCUAAGUCCGCGCCAGGUCAUAGUUUGCUCCUUGUUAAAGGAUGAUCGUUCCUACGCAGAAAAGGUGAGAGAUCAAAUUCACCAAGCUGGCUACUAUGAUGAUGUUGACACAACGGAUAGAAACAUCAGUGAGAAGGUGGAAGAAGCCCAAGUUGCACGGUACAACUACAUAUUGGUCGUGGGUGAUGAAGAGGCUAGAAGGGGACAGGUGACUGUUUGGCUAAGAGACGAAGUGAUGAGCAUUGAGACUCUCUUGGAUGAAUUCAAGCUCAAAACUGCCAACUUUCUCUGAGACGAAGUGAUGGGUUUGUAUCUUGUAUAUGCUUCUCUCUGUGGAUGUGGAUCGUAAGGACGUGGAUAUUUGGUAAAAUAGUUUUUGCAUGUGCCUAGUUUUAAAAUUUUAUGGAUUUUUGUACAAUUUUAAUUAUCGAUAUUGAUACUCGACUAGACUACUAUAAAUUUAUAAAAAGCGACAAGUGCUAUAUCAGGUCUUUCCUUAAGUAA